ACACGAUCAAAUAAAGAUCGCAAGCAUUUGCGUUUCUAUAUCGUGUAGUAGGUGUACUUUAGGUUGCUUUAGCUACCCCUACCGUCGAUAGGAGGUGGUGGCAGUUCGGUGUUGCCCACGGGACGCAACGGUCGCGAGAAUUUCGAUAUAAUAGCAAGAAAGGACGAAUAGAGAGAAAAGAAAAGAAAAACUCCUCGUCCCGUGUGUCGUCCGCGGGUCGAUGCGUGCGUGGAAGUGAGAUCGCGAAAAAAAACAAAAUUACAAAAUAAUAAUAGAAGUUCGAAAAACACGCACAUUUUCCGAGGCUCAGCCCCGGUGACAAAAAACAGUGAAUAUAAAGAAACCCGUUAAAAAUGGCAGGAAAUACGGGAAUGGAGCAGUUGAUCCCGAUCGUUAACAAACUCCAGGAUGCAUUCACCCAGCUUGGUGUGGCUAUGCAACUCGAUCUUCCACAGAUCGCUGUUGUGGGCGGUCAGAGUGCGGGAAAGAGUUCCGUACUCGAGAAUUUCGUUGGCAAGGACUUCUUGCCUCGAGGUUCAGGCAUCGUUACCAGAAGACCACUCAUUCUACAGCUAAUCAACAGCAUCAGUGAAUCCGCCGAAUUUCUACACUGCAAAGGCAAAAAAUUCGUGGAUUUCGACGAAGUCAGGAAGGAAAUAGAAGCGGAGACGGAUCGCGUGACCGGAAGCAACAAAGGGAUAUCCAACGUGCCCAUAAAUUUGAGGGUAUAUUCGCCCAACGUUCUGAAUCUGACUUUGAUCGAUUUGCCCGGACUGACGAAGGUCCCGAUUGGCGAUCAGCCGGCUGACAUUGAGGCGCAGAUCAAAGGAAUGAUAUUUCAAUUUAUCAAGAAAGAGAAUUGCCUCAUAUUGGCUGUAACCCCGGCUAAUACUGAUCUCGCCAACAGCGAUGCACUCAAGCUUGCCAAGGAAGUUGAUCCACAGGGCGUACGUACCAUUGGCGUCAUCACCAAACUUGAUCUUAUGGAUGAUGGUACCGAUGCUAGAGACAUUUUAGAAAAUAAGUUGCUUCCUCUACGCAGGGGCUACAUAGGCGUAGUUAACAGAAGCCAGAGAGACAUCGAAGGUCGUAAAGACAUCAAAAACGCUUUGGCAGCUGAACGAAAGUUCUUCCUCAGUCAUCCGUCGUAUCGGCAUAUAGCAGACAGACUUGGAACACCGUAUUUACAACGUGUACUCAAUCAGCAACUAACCAAUCACAUACGAGACACACUGCCGGCUCUUCGUGACAGAUUACAGAAACAGCUGUUAACCCUUGAGAAAGAUGUCGAACAGUACAAACAUUUCAGGCCUGAUGAUCCGGCGAUCAAGACUAAAGCGAUGUUACAGAUGAUCCAGUCACUGCAAUCGGACUUUGAACGAACGAUCGAGGGCUCAGGAUCCGCUCAAAUAAACACAAACGAACUCAGCGGUGGUGCAAAAAUCAAUCGAUUGUUUCACGAACGUUUCCCUUUCGAGAUCGUCAAAAUGGAGUUCGACGAGAAAGAAUUACGGAGAGAAAUUGCUUUCGCAAUCAGGAACAUUCAUGGUAUCAGGGUUGGUUUAUUCACUCCUGAUAUGGCGUUCGAGGCCAUAGUUAAGAAACAAAUAAAUCGGCUUAAAGAGCCGAGUCUCAAAUGUGUGGACCUAGUCGUACAGGAAUUAAGCAACGUCGUUCGUAUUUGUACAGAUCGAAUGUCACGUUACCCUAGAUUAAGAGAAGAGACUGAGCGUAUAAUAACGACAUACGUUAGACAGCGUGAACAAAUGUGCAAAGAACAACUGGUACUAUUGGUUGACUGCGAGCUCGCUUACAUGAACACGAAUCACGAAGAUUUCAUUGGUUUUGCCAACGCGGCGGCCAGUUGCCAUAAUGCAAGCGCCCAGCAGUCCUCGGAAAACGCCGUCAAGGCUGGACGUCACACCCUUGGUAAUCAGGUCAUUCGUAAAGGCUACAUGUGCAUACACAAUUUGGGUAUUAUGAAGGGAGGCUCUCGCGAUUACUGGUUUGUCCUUACCUCCGAAAGCAUCUCUUGGUUCAAAGAUGAAGAGGAACGUGAGAAGAAGUACAUGUUACCACUGGACGGUUUGAAGCUUCGCGAUCUCGAGCAGGGUUUCAUGUCGAGACGACACUUGUUUGCACUUUUCAAUCCUGAAGGCCGAAACGUGUACAAAGAUUACAAGCAACUCGAGCUCAGUUGCGAAACACAAGACGACGUUGAUUCGUGGAAAGCUUCGUUCCUCAGAGCCGGUGUAUAUCCGGAAAAAUCCACGGAGCAGGCGAAUGGUGAAGGCGAGGAUAAGCAGCGGGAAGGAUAUCAGGGCGGCAAUGAAGGCCAAUCCUCGAUGGACCCUCAGUUGGAACGCCAAGUCGAAACGAUAAGAAACCUCGUUGAUUCUUACAUGAAGAUCGUGACGAAAACUACUCGCGACCUUGUUCCAAAGACUAUCAUGCAUCUGAUCAUAAAUAAUGCCAAGGACUUCAUCAAUGGUGAGCUUUUGGCUCAUCUGUACGCGAGUGGUGAUCAGUCGAGCAUGAUGGAAGAAUCGCCGGAAGAGGCCCAGAAACGCGAAGAAAUGUUGCGAAUGUAUCACGCCUGCAAAGAAGCUCUCCGAAUAAUCGGUGACGUAUCGAUGGCUACAGUCUCAACGCCAGUUCCUCCACCAGUGAAAAACGACUGGUUAGCGUCGGGUGAAAAUCCAAGUCUUGGACUAUCACCACCGUCUCCGGGCGGCGGAAGACGAGGGAUGUCUCAACCACCGCCACCAGCGAGCUCCCGAGCACCACCACCAGUCCCGGCUGGUGGAAGACCGGCUCCGGCCAUUCCAAACCGACCAGGACCCGGCGGACCGCCACCGGCACGGGGCACCCCGGGCCUUCCCCCUCCUCUCAUCCCAUCGCGCCGACAAUAAGUCUUCGCACUAACCACAUAAAGAAAAACACAUAAAUACAUACAUACAAUGAUAGGGAAAGACAAAAAGACAUUGAACGCGAAAAGCACUCACACAUAACUAUCCUUUCGCUAACUAAUCGGUAUAUACGUUGUCCUAAUUAACAUACUUAGAGUUCGACGUGGUUCGCUAACAAUUGUAUAUCGUCUCACUUUAACUAUCUCCUGUCUCUUAUCCCCUCUAUUAUCUCUAUUUCGAACUAUCGAUUUAUCUGGCACGCCCCCGAAAGCCUAUAUACGAUGAGAUAUUGUUGAUUAUGAUCUAGAUACAUACAUAUAUAUAUGUACACACGUUUCUAUUGUAAGUAGAUAAUGGUACGAAGCAUUUUUAGCAUCAAUCUAGAGGGAUUUCAUUUAUCAAGUUUCCUUUCAAAAUUUGAAACUCGAUGCAAAAACAAAAUUCGCUCAUUCUUCAUCGAUGCUUGUGCUACUGUCCGUCAUAAUAAUUCACACAUUAUAAUGAUGAGGUCCAAUUAUAAUUGCUAACAAUGAUUCGAAUGAAAAAAUUGAGUAAAUUUGUACAGGGGUUCUUGCAAUUAACAUUUUGUUUUAACGAGGAAUCUGUCCUCUAUUUGUUUUUAAUUUAAACAAUCGUUAUCCGGAUAUUGAGGAAAGAAAAAUUUGUACACGAAUUUUCACGGUGAAACUCUGUAACGCCUGGUGUACGCAAUGUUGUACAUGGUAAAAUGUAUAUAAUGAUGAAAAAAAAAGUAUCGAACAAAUUGUGCUGUUGCAGUUAUCGCGAUAAUGAGAAAUUGGGAGAGAAUAAUCAAUUUAUUUGAAUGUUGUUUCCGAAAAGCGCUCACUAACAGCAUGACAUUUCAGAAUUUAUCAAAAUACUUGAGCAUUGUUAAAAUAUUUGAAAAAGGAAACCUGAGCAUCGCUUCCAUGCUUCGUCAUUCACUGUGGUAAACUACUCAGUUUCUGAACUCAAAGGAAUUUUUAUUCUAUUCAAGACUUUUUAAUAGCAACAAUGUUAUUCGUUCAAUUUUGUAACAAGAUUAAAUAUGACGUGAUUGUGUACAUAGAAAAGUAGGACUUUUGUGUAUUUUAUUUCCAUGAUUAAAUUGCUUCCAUCGAAGGAAUAAAUUUCGUUCUGGUAAAGUUCAGACACUCGGUCGUUUAUCAUCAUAUUUUUGUUUCAUCAAAGGUGUCACGGUGGUUCGAAAACAUUCAUUGUUAAAAGUCAUCAAAAGUUUAAUUGGGAGAGAUGGGAAAAAGGGAUCAUGAAUUACGAAUUUGAUCAAAGCAACCAAUAACAAGUGUCAAAAAUCCCAGCCGAACGCUUCUAUUUUUGUCCUCCUCGAUUGUUCGCUCAUUGCCAAGAUGACAAACAAUUUUCAGUAUCCAAUUCCAUUUAUAAUGAAUAUUUACAAAUUUGUUCUUGACAAUAGCUCGUUGAGCAUAAUUUUUUCCAUGAUUUCCCGCCGUUUUAAUUCACUUUUCUCAAAAUCAAACUCCUGAUGGCAGGUGAAAAUAAAAAAACAACAGAUAAAAAUGUACGAAAUUUGUCGGUGCCUGCUACAAAAAUUAGGAGUUGAUUCAGCCAAGCUCGUCAUGCCUGUUCGCUUCUAUGAGUAAAAUGAGUCUUGACGCUGUUUUGUCGUCUGAAAUUGUGUUUAGAAAUUUUUUUAAGGACUUAAUCAAUUCAAUACCAUCCAAGUUUGUUUCUUAACGUUUUUGCAAAGGUAUACAUUUACACUGAUUUCACCAAAACGUGCCAAUUUAUGAAUCGAAAAAUCCGUUAAAAUUAACACAAACGAAAAGUAAAUAUGUGUGAAAAAUGCCAGAAAGAAGAAUCCCGGGGAUCUUUUUGAACGAAUUUCAUCCUGAAAAUCACCUCCAGAAACAUCAUUUCAGACAACAAUUGGCUGUCAAUACGCCAUUGAUUAAAAAACAUCGAAUAUUAUUGAUAAAAAUGCGGACCUAACCUGUGCAGAGCCUAAUUUCGUACGUGCCGAUUUGUUAUGCUUACAAAUCGAAAUAAUAGCUACACGAAUACUGUUGUUAUUAUUAUUCUUACUAUCGUAGAUGUAAAAUGAUUAAAUAAGAUGAUAAAUUGACAUGAAACGCUGAAGAAGCAAAAACACAACUAAAUUGUUGAGAUAAUUGGUAAAAUCUGAGUGUAUACGUGGUAUGUUUAGUCGUGGGGGUGCAAUUCAGCAGAGAGUGACGCAGGCAGCGACACAGGCCGCCGUAAAUGCCGCCACGCACGAGCUCAUGGAUGUAUUCAGGAUGAAGUAAAUACGACACAUUUCAAAAAGAAUAUCUUUAUUAUUAAUAUAAAACACACUCACCUGCAAAAUCACACAAACAUAACACGUGCAAGAGAACAAUGCUGUAGCUUUCUAUGUGCAAAAAAGUCUCGUGUCCUAUUAUAUAUAUCGUGAAGGAAACACACAAAAACAUUCCUCAGAUUUCCUAAAGAAAGAAAUAAAUAAAUGAAGGAAGAAAAAGCAACAUUUCCACGUAGUAUAAUGGACGGUAGACUGUUCAGGGUUGAGAAUGCAGAUACUAAUGAAUUGUUCGAUGAUUGGCCAAAACCAUAAUGAUUUUUUAUUUUCGUUAAUUCCUUGCAACGGAUUUGCCAAAAGAUUUAUAUCCAUUUUCUAUCUCCGCAUGUUCUCCGAUCUCCAACCUACCAUGAAAUUUUUUCUCUCUUUUCUCCGUAUCUCGCUUUUCCAAUCCAUUGUCCAAGUUACUUGCCAAAAAGGAACGCGAGCACUCGUCCGAAAAAUGACUCGAUCGUUGGUGCUCGCAGUUAUCGAUUAAUGAGAUUUAUCAAGUUUUUCAUUAUCUUACCAUUUUUUAUUUAUACAAUAAUUCCAAUGAGUAGUUGCCUAUUCGGUGGUUGCACGAAAAAUAGACAUAACCAUUGACACAUGUUCGGUGAAUCGAACAAAAUUACCUGAAAAGUCUACCACCGUUCUUUUAAGGCGUAAAAAUGAUCUAUUUACAUUUACUGUACUUUCAAUAAUACUUUUACGAAACCAUACGAGACGUUGAGUAGCCAAAUGUCAUGCUGUUGGAUGAUCGACGUUGUUACAAACUCGUACGAUUGAAAUUCGUGACUAAAUUAUUCAUUGUAAAAGAGUGUUGAGUCUCAAAAUUUUUCUUCUGUAUUACGAUAUCCCAAAUGCCGUAUAGGAAAACCUUACUUAUACAUACUUCAAAUAUACAUGAGUGAGAUAUGUAUUUCGCAAUCCGAUUUAGCGCGCAGGUUACCACCACCGUUUGUAGGGUUAUAGAAUAGUUUCGUGUUUUUUUUUUCCAUGAAAAUCAUGAACUGGUGAAUCUCCUAUUGCUCCUCCUUAAUUUUUUGCCUCUUCAAUCGUCCGUAAGAUGAAUUAUCGUCGUACUAUAAUGCAGUGAUAACUCGCGUUUUCACGAUUUUAAGAGUUGUUCGAAAAUACAUUGUGGAAGCCAUUUGCUCAUGGAAAUUCUGAUAAUUUUGACCUCACGUUCAAUCGAAAUUGCCAUUUUCUCAAUAUCCGUUACCCUUUUUUUCAUUAUUCUCAACGAUUUUGAACUAGUCUGUAAAUACAGAGAGAAGAGACAUUUUUUGGAAACUUCCAACCCCGAAGGCUUCAGGCGGCGUUUUCGAAAUAUUCCUAACCUCAAAAUGAUGACCGAUCGAAUACAUGAUGUAAAUACGAUGAUUAUUUACGAAUCGAUCACAAUUCGUAACAUGCACCGUGUCAAAAUGUUAAAAACAAAUUAUAAAUAUAUAUAUAUAUUUAAAGAAAAAUGUAUAUCUUACGCUAAUAUUGAAUCGCAGUUAAGUAUCGAGAGAUCGCGAUGCGGGCAUCGACUCACCACGCAUUUUCCACUUUCGACAAUUUGCAAAAAACUAACCUCAAAAGAGUGAAUCAAAGAAACUUUGCAGAUGUCAGUGCCGUCUAUAAAUUAAGCUGUCCUUUUUGUUCAGAUCGGUGCAAAGCUUCGUUUGCCGAAUGAGAAUCUCAAAAAACGAACAGCGAGGCCUAACUAUUUUCAUAGAAAGACCUUUUUUUCCCCCCCCACUCUUGAAAAAUUCAGACCGGUGUACCGUUUUCGUUGGAAAUUCUCGAAUCUCUUCGAGAUUGACCAAAGAUCGAAACAUUGCAUAAAUUUCGAACAGACAAACACGUUGGUCGGUGCCCUCGUCUCUCUGUGCCCGGUUUAUUUUUUAUUCACGAAUAAAAGGCAUCGUGCGCUAGGAAUAACGAAAAAAAAAAAAAAAAGAAAACAUGACGACUAAGCGAGAAAACGAAAAAGGGACAAAACAAACAAAUAAUAUGGAGAAUAAAAUUGCGUACAACCACGAGUGUUGUUAUUGUAUUGUUACUGUACAGUGUAAACGUAUAUAUUUAAUCAUUCCAUGCACUGGUAACCGCCCGAUUUAGUAGUACAUCGGGGAAUGAAGGAAAAAAACGUUCGUCAAAAAAAAAACAAGAAAAGAGAAGAAUAUAGUUAUUAACGAUACUUAUUAUUAUUGUUGCUGAUUAUUGAACAUUAUCGAUAAAUAAGUUGGUAGAAUUAUUUGUAGCUUGUACCUCGUCCAACGUUCGGUAGGUCGUAGCGAGCCAUUUCACGUGGAUGUUAAAAACAUUGAAUUAAAGCACGAGACGAGGCUAAUAAAGAUACUAUUUAAAAAACAAUUAAAAAAAGUGAUAAAAGUUAAUCAUUUGUUCGGCGCUCUUACAGCGAGCCUGAAAGAAGCAUAUCAAUUUAGCUGCAUUUAGCGCGUGACGUGGAGAGGUUAACGUUCGUAUUUAUACUUUCGGUUUGUCAACGAACAAUAUUCACUCAUUGUUUAUUUUAUUUUCAAUUAUAACGGUUAUUCAAGUUUUUCGUUACACUCACAAAACACACUCUCGUCCAUUGCGUUUAAAUGAAAUUUUUCAACGAUACAAUCGUCCUCGGAUCCUUGAAUUUUACUGUUCAGCGAACGCCAAGGAACGCGCAGUAAGAAAAUCAACAACGAAAAGAGAAAAAUAAAAUACAUAUUGAGGUUGUUGACGAAAGCUUGUUGGACGGGUGCGAUCAAUUAUGAAAAUACGCGAGAGUCGCUAUCCUCAUCAUUAUUUUCAUUAUUGUCAUUAUGCUAUACACACGUCUCUCUCUUUCUAAUAUAUAUAAAAAUAUAUACAUUUCUUGCGACACGUCGCCUGUAUGAAAUAAAACAAGGAACAUGUCUGUGAUGGACAGUAUAAGAUGUGUGUUUCCUUGUCGCGAUAAUCGCAAGUCAAUUAAUCGAAACUGUCCUCUCUCUCUCUCUCUUUUUCUCUCAAAAAAGCAAAUAAUAUAAUAUAUAUAAAAGUUUUCUCGUAAAUUUCGAUCGAGACAUUGUCCCGUUAUUUUAUUUCUAUUUUAUUACACGAAAGAAAAGCGAAUAAUUUGGCCGGAUGAUCCUUCUUGUUGCGUUGAAACGAUUUGACGGAGCUACGAAAUAGUUUUGUGUUCUCCUAAAAAGCGGUAACGGCCACCGUCUCGAGUGAACGCAUCGAGACAUUAUCGUCUAUGAAAAUGUAUGCCGCCGCUCGCUUUUGUGACGAAAACCUCACGUAGUCCGAAAUAAACGAAGAGAAUAAGAAACGAGAAAAAAACGACACCGUUGAUGCGUUUUAUUGCGAUAAUAACGUAGUUUUUAAGGUUAUGAAAGAAUGGCGGGGGAAAAUACUGUCGUCACUUGUCGUCCGCGGCGCUGGCAGCGCUGGUGCGAAGUGACGGUUGAAAAAAAAGGAAUCUAAAUAAAAUUAGUGUUUAGCUGAUUACACACGAAGCAAAUCGAUGCGAAUUUUAGAACGGGUUAUGCCACCACGCACGAAUAUAAACGGAACGAAUAAAAUACAAAUAAAGAAAACGUGGACGAUAAAUCGUCGUGUUUGUCACUAACUGAAAAUAACCUCAACGAGUACGUUAUUCGUCGUACCGAUUGUUUCACUCACCAUUUAUAGUAAUAAAGAUAUAUUUACGAUUAUUUAUAAUAGUAUCAUCAAUAUUAUUAUAUUAUUAGUAUCGACAUCGGUAAUCUUUCAUUUUCGAAUACACCCAUCGACGAUUAUCAUCGUGAUUCAAAUUUCGAUAAAACGAUAAGGAACAAGGAUUUAGAUGAGUGGAAGUGUGCGUAUAGAGCGCGAGUCGUGUAUUCGAGCAAAAAAAAAGAAAAAGAAAAAAAAUUAUCUGAAUAGAAUUGAUAUUCAUUCGAAAAUUCGAGAUCCGAAUUGAAAUUCAAAGUCCCAUUUUGCUUCAGUUUUAUCUUCAAAUUUUCAAUAUUAAAUAUGUGUCAAUGCCAUGAAAAAAGUAUAGAGAA